AUGGCCAAUUCCACCGCAUCGGACAGUGACCAUGGCCUCACAGAGGGUAUCUAUACCAGCAGUGAAUGCCUUGACUCGACCCUUGUCUCUGUUUUCACCACCAUUGCCUACUACAACACCAUUGAACUCCUGAUUCUCUGCUUCACUAGAUUCAAAAAGAAGAGGGAUGUCUACUUUUGGACAUUGUUGGUUGCGACCCUUGGGAUCAUUCCCUAUAAUCUCGGCUUCAUGUUCAAACUUUUCAACGUCAUACACAACAACAAUAUCUCGAUAACUUUUUCGAGCAUCGGAUGGUAUUGCAUGGUGACCGGCCAGUCUAUGGUGUUAUGGUCCCGGCUCCACCUCCUAGUGCAGAAUCGAAAGCUGCUGCGUGGUAUUCUAUACGUGAUCAUCAUUGACGCUUUUGUGCUCCAUAUCCCUACCACAGUGCUUGCCUUUGGUACCAAUGCACCGAGCCAUCCCAAGGAGUUCGUGAGGGGGUAUGAGAUUAUGGAACGGAUACAACUGAUCGGAUUCUGUAUCCAAGAGAUUCUGCUAUCAGUCUUAUACAUCUGGGAAACAGUCAAAUUUCUCAAGCUCCAUGUGAGAAAUCGGUAUUGGGGUAUACUACAUCAGCUACUUGUUAUCAACGUCCUCAUCAUCUUGAUGGAUGCCUCGUUUGUCGCUGUUCAAUACGCGGGCUUUUACGUGUUUCAAGUCACUUUCAAAGCCCUGGUAUACAGUAUCAAACUGAAGCUGGAGUAUGCCAUUCUGGGAAAGCUCGUCAAGGCUGUCAAUGCAAAACGCAAAACCACCGAGUCUUACGCCGAAACGGACCGCACCGACCGAUCCUUCAUCCCAUAA